CACGUUCCAUGCAAAUUCUACAAACACAACAACUGCACGGCCGGAAACAACUGUCUCUUUUUGCACGAGGUCACUGUGACGACAGAGAAAACAGUGUGCAAGUACUUUGUAAAGGGCAACUGCAGAUACGGCCACAGGUGCGCGUUGAUACAC